AUGCUGCUGCCAGAAAUGGACCCCAGAGAGAAAGCAACCUUGAAGAACUGUCUGAACUGCUUUCUAGAAGACCUUGACCCAACCUUGACCUUUCUGUCACAACUGGUCUGCUCAGGGAUAAUUACUGAGGACCAAAAGGACAGAAUUGAGAAGCAAACCACUAGACAAGACAAGGUGAUCACCCUUCUGGAGAUUUUACCUCGGAGGGGACCCAGAGCUUUCAAGAAGUUUGUCGGCCUACUGAGAAUAGAUUACUCCUGGAUCAGUGAGAAACUAGAGCAGGAAUACCAAGUACAGGACUUUACCAAAAGGAUAGAAAAUGCACUUGAGCAGAGAACCAAGAAAAUGGGAGAGCUUAUCAAGGACCGUGACUACAUCAACCGUGUGAUUACAGAAACAGUGGUCCCUCUGAUGAUAGAGGAAUGUGGUUCCAGUAGCUCUGGUGGUGCAGUAGGCCCAGGCUUUGAUGCACCACUAAAAGACAUCAUAACUGAUCACCUAAUACCACUUCUGAAUGGUAACAAUGGUCUUAAGACACACUUAGACUCCAUGCAUAGUGGCAUGUUGCUUGAUAAAGUAGUGGACAUCAUUCAGGAGUUGAAAGAAAAGUGUUGUAAAAUGCUGAGUUUGAGUGAUGUCACAGAGUUUCACUCCUCUUUGCCAAUUUUAAUUGACACACGGCUUCAAGAACUGAGGGACAAUAUAACCUCAAUGAAAAAAGAAAACAAAAAGAUGAAGAAAAUAGAAGAAAAAUUGACUGCUGAAAACCAGAAACUUAAAAAUGACUUGACAAUUCAGAGAGCUGAAGUUAAGAAAGGAAAGACUGAUGUUAUAAAACAAAAUGCAGAGAUCAAAAAAUUAAAAGACCAAGUGCAAAAAUCCAAAUCUGAGAGUGAUAAACUGAAACAGGAACUGGCAAACCUUAGGGAACAGAUGAGCAAAGCUGGAAUGGAUCUCCAAAUAUCAUCAGAUUUCACCUAA